AUGUCUGAACAUGGCGGAGCUACUUGGAACGAAGUUUCGGCGAAAGCUGUUCGAUUUUAUGACCAUUGUCCAGGAGAUCCGCUUAUUAAUUGGAAGGAGAGAACUUACGCUACUGUUUUGGAGUACAUACUUAUGAAUAUAACAAAGUUUAAUACAAAAGUUACUGAGAUAAAAUAUGAAGAAACUCCUGUAAAAGUGAUCACUGCUAAUGGAGAAGAAUACUUGGCUGACCAUGUUAUAGCUACGCCAUCUUUAGGAGUUCUUCAGAAGAAUAUAGACACACUAUUCAAUCCACAAUUACCUGAGAAGAAACUUAAUGCAAUUAAGCCACAAAAGAGAUGGCUGCUUGGAAUUUCUUCGGGAAUCCGAGUGGAACACAAACCAAAGUUGCUCUUAUUUUGGGUCACAGGGCCUUAUAUAAAAGAAAUGGAAACGCUGCCAGAAGAAAUCUUUCAAGAACAAGUUAAAGAAUUUGUGAAGCGAUUUUUUGGAAAAGCUUACAACCUCACGGACCCUAAAAUCAUCAAAAGGAGCCUUUGGAACACCAAUGAAAAUUUCCUUGGGGUCUAUAGCUUCUACGGAUUACAAACAGAUGUAUCUGGUCCUCAUACUGAAGAUUUCGUUGAUCCAAUCAUGAAAUUCGACAAGCUGGUUUUGCAAUUUGCUGGUGAAGCUACUACUUCUCAUUACGGCAUCUCAUUACGGCAUACAAUAAAAAUAAUUAAAAUGACAAAUAAACUUUUAAUUAAAUUAAAAAAUUUAAUUGAGAAAAAUUGUAUUUUUUGA